AUGUCGCUCGGACACCAGCACGCCUGGCUGCCCCCCGGCCAUCUGCGCCCUCCCGAUGAUCAUCACGACGUGCGGUCCGUCAAUGGCUACUCCAAAUCGCUGUCCGGCCCGCGCACCCCCCAGAUGCGCGCCUCCGUCGACACCGACGCCGUCCACGCGGGUAAUUUGAUAUCGGAGGCUGAUGCUGCAGCCGAGGAGGACCCACGCAUCGCCACGUUUCGCGACCUGUACAAACGCAGCGAGGCGAAAAUAAAUGAUUUGUUUACCAACCAGAAAGCCGCCGAGGACCUCGCCGCCUCCGCCGGCGCGCUCCCUGACGUGCCUGAGGCCGAGCCUCAACGCGCCGACGAGCCCGCCGCGACCCCGGUGCCCCCCAAGAAGCCUGCCAGGAAGCUGGACGACGAUGACUACGAUGACUACGAUGACGAUGACGACGAGGACGACGCCGAUGCGGCCUCCCUGCCCAAGCCCAAGCCCAAGCCCCUUUCGCAGGAGCCCAGCGGCAUGCCCUCCCCUAAAACGAAGAAAGAGACGCUCGAGGACAUCCGCAAGAAGCUAGAGGAAGACAAGAAAGCCACCGAGGAUGCCGCCAAGCGCAGCUUCCACACCCUGUUCUAUACCCUGGAGAAUGAUAGAGACGCCAUGCUAGAUCAGCAGCGCCUAGAAGAGUCCGAGCGGCAGGUGGAGGCCGAAAUGUCGGGCCAGGCCAACUCGGGAAACAACGCAAACGCCGGCUCGAAUGGCUACGGCUCGCUGAGCAGCGCGAACCUGGGUGCCUCCAGCCUGACGCUGAAGAACCUGAUCGCGCGGAUCGACAUGAAGCGGAACAUGGUGCAAGCUUCGGAUGCGGAACUGCGCAGCCUGAUGAGCGAAGUUCGGAAGAACAGGAGCAAGUGGGCCAGCGAGGAUAAGAUCGGCCAGGAAGAACUCUACGAAGCCGCCGAGAAAGUCCUCAGCGAGCUGAAAGCAAUGACGGAGCAUUCGUCGGCUUUCUUAACCCGUGUUAAUAAACGCGAUGCGCCCGACUAUUACACGAUUAUCAAACACCCCAUGGAUCUGGGAACCAUGACCAAGAAGCUCAAAGCUCUGCAAUACAGGUCAAAACAGGACUUUGUUGACGAUGUCAACCUGAUUUGGUCCAACUGCUUCAAGUACAACACCAACCCGGAUCACUUUUUGCGCAAACACGCUUUGUAUAUGAAGAAGGAAACAGAGAAACUGGUUCCUCUUAUUCCAGACAUUGUGAUCAGAGAUCGCGCCGAAGUUGAGGCGGAAGAGCGCAGACUGCAAAUGGCGGAGCUGGACGGCGCGGAGGAGAGCGACGACGAGCCGAUCAUGUCGUCAAGAGGUAGAAAGGCUCCCGGUAAAUCAUCCAAGAAAGGAGCCGCGCCAGCUCGAAACACUCCCAGCGGAUCAGAACCUCCCGCUGCUUCGUCCUCACAGCCCCCUGCUCCUGUCCGUUCCGACUCCGAUGCUCUCAUGGAAGGCACCCAGAAUGGGUUCGCGACGCCACCGCCUCCGGGAACGCAAACGCCGUCGGACCCGGCUGGAAUUGGAAAUGGCGUGCCGGGGAGCCAAGGUGACUCUAUGGACAUCGAUGGCCUGGCUCCCACGAGCAGCGCGCCCAGCGCUCUGCCGGCUUCGGGCGUGGAGCUCGAGGACCCCGAGUACAAGGUGUGGAAGCAGGUCACUAAAAAAGAUCGAGCGAUAAUUGCGGCAGAACGGCACCGUCUCUUCAAGGGUGAUAAGCUGAACUCGGACGAGCCCGCCCUACUUCGCACGAAAACCGGCAUGCGCAGAUGGCUGAAGAACCACAAGCAAGCGAACGCCGAGGGGGGCGACAAGGCCCAUGAAUCCAACGCGCAGGGCAUCGAAUCGAAUGCUGCGGGCGAGAGUCUGGCGGAAGGUAUCGAAGGGGACGAAGAUCGUGUGAUACCAGAUUAUUACGACGUGAUGUCCGGCGUUCCUGAUCUUCCCCCACGCUUGUUGUGGAGAGAAGACGCCGACGGUAACAUUGUCGAUGCGUCGGAAGAGUUCUUGCGCAUUCUGCCCAAGAAUUCAUUCAUUCAGCCGGACAGCAAGCUUGCGCGGAAGAUGGACGCAAACAUGCGCCAGAUGCAGGAAACUCGGAAGGUUUGCUCCAAGGUUGGUAUCGUGAAGCAGAUGCAGUUGCAAUCUCAGAUGUACCAAAACCAAUUUCAGAAAUAUCAGCCUGAACCGUUCGUCGAGCAAGACAUUCCGGCUCAUGUUCUGAAUGAUGAGGGUCCCGUCAUUGCGCCUUGGACUUGCAGAGCGGCCUUGCAGCGCUCCGUUGCGAAGAUUUUCUACCACACUGGAUUCGAGGAGUAUCAGCCGUCGUCUCUCGACACGGUCACCGACAUCGCUUCGGACUUUUUCCAGAAAAUUGGCGAAACCAUGAAGUCCUACAUGGAGGCCCCCAAAGUUUCCGAUGCUGAAUCGGUGGAAAACACAUCGAAUUCUCAGUGGAAGUCGGCCUAUACAGAGCCCGAAAUUGUGCUUCAUACCCUCUCCUCCGUUGGCACCGACAUCGAAUCGCUCGAGUCCUACAUUAAAGACGACGUGGAGCGUCUGGGAACGAAGCUUUCGACGGUCCAUGAUCGACUGAGAUCGUUGCUGUCUGAGCUUCUGCGGCCGGCUCUCGCCGAUGGAGGCGAAGAUGGCUCCAACGCCUUCAAUGACGGAAGUGAGCAGUUUGUUGGUGGCGACUUCGCGGAAGAUAUCGACGAAGAUUUCUUUGGCUUCAAGGAACUGGGUCUGGACAGAGAGCUGGGCCUUGCCACUCUCAGCGUCCCUCUGCAUCUCCUUCAGAACAGGAUGUACAACGCUGCUCAAGCACAAAACACGAGCGCCACCCAAACUGUUACUCUCUUCUCGCCGCCUCCCCCCUUCCCACGGAUCACUCCGGAGACGUUGGCAUCGCAAAUUGGUCUGGUCCAAGGGUUUUUCAGCGCCAAAUUGCAAGCCAAUAACAACGAGCCUCUGGUUGAAGACCUUGAACUACCGCCGAAGCAGCGACCUAUGGCCGCCCGUCCUCGUCUCCCGGCAUCGGGCAAGAUCCCGGCGUCGGCGUCUUCAGGACCCACGGGAUCAACAUCCAGUCCUCAAAAGCGCCCACUCCCGCCAACGGCUGGCGGACCUGGCGCUCCUAAAGCUGGCACUGCCGAGCCUAGCAAGAAGAAGGUCAAGAAGAACAGUGGAGUUGCAAUGGGCAUUCCCGGAUCGACUGUCGAGGGAGAUGAGGCUACUGCGAACGCCGACGGGGCAAAAGCUUCGAAUCCAACCCUGUCCAAUCUCAAGAACAAGGACUCGGCGGUUGAUGAAGCAUCCAUCUCGGCCACAGACCAUGGCAACGGGAAAGGCCUCGACGCCGACGUUGCUGGCGCCGAAAACAGUGACCCGACUGGCGUUUCCAGCCUGGACCCGAAUAAGAGUAACGACAGCACCGUGCCCCUGACAAAUGGGACUGCGGGUGAUGCGUCAUGA